AAUUAUGAUACGGAAACUACCGAGUUUCAACGAAUGCAUUUACCUGUACGACUUUGUGCGUGUGUCAUAGUAAACUGUAUAAAAAAAGUGACUAAAGAAACGAACUGUUUGAAUUCAAUCAAAUUGGAGUAUUGUUUAAUUAUAGAAUGCGGAAAUUCAGUCUUCAAAUUUAAAAGGCAUAUGAUGAAAAUCAGAAAGAAAUAUGAUGACAGUUCUAUCCAAGAUAUGGUUGUUUCUUAUUUUUCUUUGCAGUCUUUUCCCUUUGCCCAUCUUUAGUCAAGAAUUCUUAGAAAUCACAUCAGAAAUCACUAGCAAUCAAAAACAACCAAAAGCUGGCUAUUUGGAAGUACUUGACUCCACUGUAGUUCUCUUGUUACUUACAGCUCGAGGCUCGGGACUUCUGCAGUAUGUUUGGACAAGAAAUGAUUCUGUCAUUAAGAACUCUACAGAAAGUCAAAUGAUCUUAGGGAUCACUAACUUCAACCAUUCUGGAGUUUACAGAUGUAUAGUUCAAAAUAGUGUUGGCUCAGUUAGAAGUUUGCCAUUUUAUCUAACAGUAAAAGAACUUGGACUGUUUCCACAAAAUCCAAACCAGACUGUGAGCAUCCAAGAAGGCAGAUAUGCAGUGCUACGCAUGCCCACAAUAUCCUACAUAUCAGACUCAGCCUUAGUUGACUGGCUGGUAGAUAGCUAUCUGGGCACUAAGUAUGUUACCACAAGUAAAGACUUAGUGCUCUUAAAUGUCCAGGCAUCCAGCAGUGGGACAAAGUUUCAAGUCAGAGUCACUCACAUAUCAUCUACAGUCACUACAACAAACAGCAACUUUUUUAUUUUGAGUAUAGCUCCCAGCACUUCUAGUAUUCCUUUAGAGUUUGUUAUCAAGCCACAAAAUAAAACAGCUAGACAAGGUGAUGAAGUGAAAUUUGAAUGUGUUGUCAAUGGACCAUCUUUCAGCAGCAUAAAACUGUCAUGGUACUUGGUUAAUGGACAGUCCAGCACCCCAUUGUCAGCAUCAGACAAAUAUUUAUUUGAAGAGGAAAAUAGGUUGCUGACCAUUAAGUCAUUAACUCUAGCUGAUGCCGGCACUUACGAAUGUAAUGCUUCUGCACCUUCUUUGCCUAGCCAAGCUGAAAGAGCCAUCCUUUCUAUAAUUGUUCAACCAUCCGUAUCCAUUGACCCCAGCAGUUCGAGCAUAAAGAAAGACUUUCAAAAUCCAUUCUCUCUCUCGUGUCUUGGCCAAGGCCUCCCUUCCCCUCAGAUCACCUGGUACUUUAAUGGAAGAAAGGCGGAAGAUUUGAACAGUACAGGUGUCCAGGUACUUGCUAAUGGCACCCUAUCAAUAUCAAGUGUUGACUUGCCAGACUCAGGUAUUUAUCAAUGUGUUGCAGUUAAUUCUGCUGGAGAAAGUACCAAGAGCACUCUUUUGACUGUGAAUAGUGCUCCACCUUCUAUAUUAGAGGCUCCCAAGAAUGCCACAGUGGCUGAAUUUCUGGACACAGGAUUUACAUGUAAGGUGAUUGGUGGACCAUUGCCUGAUGUAUACUGGACUAAAGAUGGUGUCAACUUGACUAUAGGUGGACGGAUAUGGUUUACAAAUGGUCAGCUUUUAAUUGGAGGAUCCCAGUUGACCGACUCUGGUUCCUAUAAAUGUAUCGCUGUCAACACCAAAGGAUCAGUUUCAGCGAGUGCUACUUUAACUGUUAUAAUAAAAACACAAAUCAUUAAACCUCCACAAAAUAUGUCCAGAAUUCUUGGUACAGAUGCCUUGUUAGAUUGUGGCGUUCGCAAGGACCCAACAGUGGUCCCCAUAUGGACAUGGUUCUUCUACAAAUCUCCAGAUUUUAUUAAACAAGAAAUAAAUGGCAGCCGAUAUAACAUCUAUCCCAAUGGAUCCCUUUCUAUCUUGGGCCUGGUGGGUGCAGAUACUGGCAGAUAUGAGUGUGUUGUUCAGUCACUUGGAGGCAAUGACAACAAGUCUGCUAUUCUUAAGGUUAUAGAUACACCAAGUGCUCCAUUAAUCACUGCUGUUGUGCUUAAUAAUGUGAUCCCUAAUAGUGUUGUCAUAAACUGGACCCUGAGUUAUGAUGGAGACACUGACAUUAUUAAAUUCACCAUACAGAGUCGACUGGAGUCUUCUUCUGGCACUGGCUCUGACAAUCCAUGGAACACCAUAAAUAAUGCAGUUUCCCCAACCUUGCGAUCUUCUAUAGUCUUAAAUCUGACCCCAUCCAAGUAUUAUAGAUUUAGAAUGACAGCUGUCAAUCAAGUGGGAGAGAGUGUUCCCAGCAAUCCUGCUCCAGCUCAAGCCAUUAAAAUGCCAGCUCAGCCUCCCAGUGAAUCUCCCAAAAAUUUGUUUUGUAAGACCGGAGGGGAACAAGAAAUUAUUGUCCAGUGGGACGCUCCUCCUGAGUCUUCAUGGAAUGGAGAAUUGUUUGGAUACCUCAUCUAUUACAAGGUUGAUGCUUUUAGCGAUGAAACUGAAAAGAUUCAGAAUGUCACAACUAAGGAUGCACGCCAGACAACCAUUAGUUAUCUCUCUUUUAACAGGAGGUAUCGCAUCAGAAUGGCGGCUUAUAAUGAGAAAGGCCCUGGAGUUAACACUUCAGAUUUUUAUGUGACCACACUACAGGGCAAACCAAGCUCCCCACCUCUAAAUGUUGUUCUAAGUUCACCAACCUCUACAAUAAUUCAGGUACUCUGGGAUCCUCCCCCUUCUAUCGAAUUAAAUGGGGUCAACAAAGGUUAUGACAUAGAAAUAAAACAAGGAGGGAUCCUGUACAGGAGUGAGUUUGUGAUGUUUGAUGAGAUGAACCCAACUGGACGACAGGCUUACAACAUCACAAACCUACUCAAGUAUACUCAGUAUGACAUCAGACUUGCUUGCAGAACUGAGGCUGGAGCUGGUCCACAAAGUCCUACACAGUCUUACAGGACAAUGGAAGAUUUACCUGGGCCUGUUUCUGAUUUAAAAAUUGACAACAUCAGAGAUAAGUCACUCAGAAUUAACUGGCAGCCUCCUUUGGAACUUAAUGGCAUUAUUACAGGAUACAGAAUCACAUACAGAGUCAAAACACAAAACCAAUCUACAGUAAUUGAUCGUAGUGCUGAUACCUUGUCCCAUGCAUUGAAUGAUCUUCUGUAUGCAACUACCUACGUCAUUUCUGUGCAAGCUAAAACAAGUAUAGGCCCUGGGUAUCCCAGAACCACAGAGAUAGACUCUGGUGUUCCUCCUGAACUACCUGGGCCUCCUAGAAGUUUGGCCGUGACCAAUAUAGAAGCUAGAACUGUUUUGCUUCAGUUUUUCCCUGGAUUUGAUGGACAUACCUUGAUUACCUUAUGGAUAGUGCAGGCCCAAACUGAUGCAAGUGCUGACUGGGUGAAUAUAUACAACCUGAGUGACCCAACGGCAACACAGAUUCUAGUGAAGAACUUACUGCCCUAUACCAAGUACAGGCUGCGCAUCAUUGCUCAGAACAUUGUGGACAAGAGUGAACCUAGUGAACCCUGCAUUCAGUUCCAGACCAAUCAGGCUGCACCAGGUGUUCCCCCUCAGGAUGUUACUCCUAGAGCUAUUAGUUCUACUGCUAUAAGAGUGCGAUGGAGACAAAUACCUCGUACAGAGUGGAACGGAGAUUUUCUGGGAUACAGAAUUCGUUAUCGGCGUUGGAGCAAGGAUGUUAAUCCUAACACCACCUCUUCAGCAGAUCUACUUCUAGUCCAGCAGCAAACUUGGACAACUGUGGAGCUGAGCAAUGGCAGCAGCAUUCAAGAAUAUAUUUUGAGCAGCCUUGAAGAGUGGAUGGACUACCAGAUAGAAAUGACCUCCUACAAUGCUGUAGGCUCUAGUGCCUCUAGCCCUACAAUGUCAGAGAGGACAGAAGAAGAUGUACCUAAAACUAGUCCUGCUAACUUGUUGUUGGCAACCAUAAACUCAACUAGUAUAAAGGUCAGCUGGUCAGCACUGCCAAUCCUGGAACAAAAUGGUAACAUCAGAGGCUACAAAGUCAUCUACAAAAUCAGCUCAGUCAAUGCUCAGUCAGAAACUGUCCAGUUAGAUGGCAGCUCAACUCUAAAUGUAACUUUGACAAAUCUCAAAAAGUACACAGAAUAUGAAAUCCAAGUCCUAGCCUUUACUAGAAUGGGGGAUGGAGCACGCAGCACUGCAUUGGUUAAAAGAACAGCUGAAGAUGUUCCUGGUCCGCCUGUGAUCAUCUAUUUCCCACAAGUGUCUGACAACUCUGCAACUAUUGUGUGGCAGGCUCCUGAAGAGCCCAACGGUGUGAUCAUCAAGUACAAGGUGUCUUACAAGCAGAGAGAUCAGCCUGACACUGUCUUUGAAAGCAAUGCUGUGGAGAAGCCAAAUAAUGAGUUUAAUAUGACAGUAACUGGACUGUCCAGAGAGACCUAUUAUGUAUUUGCUGUGACUGCCAGGACACAAAAUGGCUGGGGUGAAACAGCCAAAGUGGAUGUUUUCAUUAUUGCCAACAGAGAUCGACCUGAUCCACCUACUAAUUUGAGAAUAGACUCCUCUGAAAUCCUGGCUAGGUCAGUGACAAUAAUCUGGAAGGCUGGCAAUGACAACUAUGGGCCAGUAAGAAACUUUACUGUACAGUACAAGAAAAAAGAUGAAGAUUGGAAGACAGUGCCUCAAGCAAUCAAACCACAGUUAGCAUCUUAUACUGUCACAGGACUUUUGCCCAACUCUUUGUAUACAUUUAGAGUGGCUGCUACCAAUGAUGUUGGUACUAGUGGCUAUAGUAGUGCAUCUAAUGAAAUCUAUACUUUACCAGACAAACCCGAUGGUGCUCCACAGAAUGUCAAGGUAAUGGCUGUGACUCAGACAUCAAUCAGGAUCACUUGGGAUCCACCACCAAACUCAACCUGGAAUGGAUUACCCUUAUCUGACAUUGUUCAAUUCCGGGAAGAAGGGGCAGUGGCAUUUAGAGAAGACUCCAUCCCUUUUGGCCUGUACACUGCAACCCUGCAAGGGCUGAUCAUUGGCCUUAAAUAUGAAAUCCAAAUCAUGACGGCCAACACCGUUGGACGUGGCCCACCAAGUACACUUCAGGUCUUCCGAGUCGGAGAUGUUGCCCCAGCAGCUGCACCUAUGAAUGUAAUGAUGUUUAACAGAAGUUCAACCACUUUAGAAAUAACCUGGCAACUUCCACCUGCUGGUACAACAAAUGGAGAGCUCAUUGGCUACAAGAUACUGUAUUGGUUAUCACCCACUGGGACUUGUGAGGCAACAGGCAGCUCUGUACAGAUGUCAGUCACAGAACUUAGAUUGCUGGUUACUGGACUCCAGCCCUACACCACUUAUUGUAGUACUGUUCAGGCUGUCAAUAUUGCAGGAGAAGGUCCUAAAAGCAGUGUAACUAAAAUCAUAACUUCAGAAGACCUUCCUGGACCCCCUGAAAAUAUCAAGUUUCAAAACAUUACUUUGAGAGAGUUGACAGUGUUAUGGAGCCCACCAAAAGUUCCAAAUGGAAAAAUAACAUUCUAUACUCUUCAGUAUUAUGCUGUGAUAGAUGACCAAAAAACAGAUAUUUCCACUAUAAGAAUUCCUGGCACAGAAACUCAGCAAUAUGUGAAUGAUCUACUGGAGAAUCAAACUUACACAUUUUCUUUAUCUGCCAAUACAAGUAUUGGCAGGGGAGCAGCAUAUGAAUCAAAAAUUGUCCCAGGACCUCAGCCAGGUUCACCUGAUGCCCCAUUGAAACCGGAAGUGACCUACAAAUCAAAGGUCAUCUAUUUCACCUGGCAGAAUCAGAAACCAGGAUUGUCCCCAAUCUAUGCUUAUAAAUUGUAUUACCAAGAAGAUGGUGAAUCUGGGAAAUGGCUUUUCUUUCUGGAUGUGAACCGACCUGAGCCUUCUGCCCAGAUAUCAGAGAAUGACUUAAAGCCUAACACUGGCUAUUACUUCAGUGUCAGAGCCAUCAACUCAGUGGGCAUCAGCCGACCCAGCCCACCUUCUGAGUUGUACAACACUCCCAGUUAUGCUGUGAUAAGUAAACAGGCCAUUGCACCAUUCCACACCCAGUGGUGGUUCCUGGUGAUUGUGGCCCUUGGUGGUGUUGUCAUCAUCUUGUUGAUCAUCACAUUUUUAUGUUGCUUUGAGAAGAAGAGACGGAAACAAAAUGAAAUGAAGCGGUCAACAACUUCCACCACCGUCAUGUCGGCAACGCCUGAGCCAGAGGAAGGAGGGUUUCCUUCCAUGGAGCUACGUCAGUCUCGUAGAAGUGUCAAUAGGCUGGGCAAUAACAAAACACAAAAUGGCACUCUGACAAGGUCACCCCCAAGACCAAGUCCAGCAAGCGUUAUCUACUCAGAGAGUAUUCCUCCCAUGGCUGCAGGUGCUACUGCUAGAAAACGAACUGCAUCCGAUGAAAGUUCUGUUCUGUCUGAGAAGCCAUCUAAUAUAGGAGACUCUUCAGAUGAAGAGACAAGUCUCAGUGAUAGCAGUAGCAUUGAUUCUAUUGCCAAGGCUCCAGUCCCUGCAUCACCACCGCCCCCAGCAUUCAGCAGCCAGUACUCACGCAGUACAAGCAACAACACUAGCAUUGUGGCGGGCCCCAGCACCAGCCGCAAUGUGAACAAAAAUCAAAAUCCCUCUUGGCGCUUUCAGAGCCAACAAAACAAUGCCUACACCUACACAGACAGUGAGGCAGACAGCAGCCAUUAUGCUUUCAGUCUGACUAAUGGCAAUAUUGUUGUCAACAAUGUGGCUGGAGCAAGGACUCCUUUAUCAGGAUUUUCAUCUUUUGUAUGAUGUUUUGUAAUUAGUCACUGCCUGUGCCUGUGAUGCCUGGGCUGGGAGCUGAUUGAUGAUACUGAAUAUAGCCAGCCAGUCAAAGUUUCAUUUGUGAUAAAGCAAAGAAAAUAGUCAGUGACUCUGUUCUGGUUGGACUCAUUUUUUUUUUUUAAAGUGAUAUAAUUUGAAAAGACUUAGAACACAGGGUUUAUGUGUUAUUUAUUUCUACAUUCCAAUUCAAUGGACAAAUCAGGAAAUAUUGGGGUUGAUUUGAUCUACAUUCCUAGGAACUGACAGGCAUCACCACAAGUGCUUGCAUCCAUUUUGUGACAUUGUGGUGUAUUCGACCUCAUUCUGCCUUUAUGUUAUAUAUAUUCUGCCUCAGUGAAGAUAUUUUCUGCCACCCAGUUUGAUGAUUUGGUGGGAAAUAACUUAUAUUAACUUAUAUAAACUUCUAUCAUUUUUAUAUAUAAUCUGCAGCUCUUUUUAGAACUGACAUUUUGGCCUGUGUUCCAGUCAGUAAUAAUAUGUAGCAAGACUUUUGGAUUAUGAAAAGAAAAACUUGUACAAAGCAAUAAUUAAUAGCAUAAGCUCGGAAUUCUCAAGUUUUAGAUUUUGUGCCUUGACAAGUCAGAAGUGCUCUUCCACUCCCCUCAACUGAUGCACUGAUUUACUGCUUCUAAUAGAUUAUAAAGCAGUGAUUAUUAUCUGAAUUUCUUCCUUAUGAGAACUUAAAACCUCAUAGAGGAAACUUAAUGGCUUAUGAGUUUUAAUGAAAUGGGGAAAUACAUUUUUUCCAUAACCCAAACACUAAUUUGAAAGGACAAACUAAUUACAUGUCUCAAAUCUAUAAAACAAAAUCACACUGUGUAAUAAUAGAAAAUUUUGUCUGCAUUAAUUUUUGCCUUACCAAAAUGGCAGUGACUGCAUAAAUAUGUAUUAUUUGUUCUAUUUUCACUUCCCUUGCCAGUUAAUACAAUAUCCUUGUAGAUAGAAGUUUUAUUCAUAGAAAAUUGUAUUGCUCUAACACAGUGGUUCCCAAACUUUUUCCUUAACAGAACAUUUAGCACAUUCUGAGUAUUAAGCAGGAUACUUUGAUUAUUUUGUAGAGAGAUUGAUUCACGUGGUUGCCUGCUAGUUAAUGAUUCCAGUAGUUUGUGGAACACCUACUCAGGCCUCUCAGAACACUAGGGCUCAGUGGAACACAGUUUGGGAAACACUGCUCUAACAUAAUAAUGGUUCAUAUGCCCUAAUGUACUUUUUUAGUUAACUAUUUAAUGUGUUUCAUGUAAAUAUAUCAAUGUGAAUGUGAUUAGUACAACAGUACAAUGUUCUCAGCAAAACACAUCAGGACUGGAGGGCCUAAUGGAAAGAUCACAAAUUGUAUCUACAAUUUAAGGCGAAAUAAUUCAUAUAGGUGUGACUGUGUGAUACAGGUGCAGACACAUGAGGUAUCUGCAUCUUCUUGACUGUUUUUAAUUUGUAUAUAUGUAAGAUUGGUUUUUCUUUUGAAACAACUCCAUUAUUUGUUAAUGUUAACUUGUCAAUGUUUUCUUUGACUUGGCUUUCUCAUUGUCCUUCAUUGCUUAGUUUGAGUUUCCAAUAGUCCAGUCCAAUAUUUGCUACCUAUUGUGUUCUACAGUUUUCUUGUUGGCUCUGUGUUCUUGUAUAGGAUUCACUGAGACCCACAAAAUCAUUAUUUGUUUCAGAUUUAGAAUGCACAUGUUUGUUCUGACAUUAGUUGAGCCAACUUUUACAAAUGACUAGAAACAUUGAAAAUGCAGAUUUGAUAAAAAAAAAGAAACAAUGCUUGAUUUUUGCUUUUGAUAAUUUCGUUUAUAAAACUUCAACUAGUUGUUUGAUGCAGUUCUUAUUGGUGUGUCAUUAACACUACUUAUGUUAAGUAAAACUAAUAUAGCUUUUUGAUAAAGUGUUCUACACACGUUUUUUUCAUUUUUGCAUGAUUCAUAUGUUCUUUCAGAGUUGAAAAUAAUUUACCUCCUAGUCCAAAUCUCCCACAGGAUGAGGGAGAUGGGAGCGGGCAGGGUUUGAACCCGGGACCAUAAAUAAGUUUGAACGACAGUCCAGCAUGCAAACUGCAUGACCAGGCAGCCAUUCUAUUCUAUAAAUUAUUUCCAAACACAUAUACUUUAAAUAUUAUACACAGAAACCUACCAAGUGUAUUAAAUGACAAACUCUAUAAGAAUAAUUAUUUUUGAACAAACUGACCUGUCCAUGUCUGUCUGUCUUUGUACUUAGUGAAUUUUAGUUUAUAAAUUAAAAUACUGCAUUCACUAAACCUUGUUUUUUUAAUAUUAAUAUAAAUAUUUGCUUUUUACAAAAAUAUUUCUAGCCUGGACUACAUUGAUUUGGAAGAAUGUAUUCAGAUUCAUAUAAUAUAAAAGCAUAUAUACCUUAUGCCUUUUGUUGUAGAAUAAUAGACAAUGAUAUAUUUUAUAGUUACUUUUUUGUAAUAUUUUGUACACUUUUUUUAAUGCAAUGUUUAAUUGACUAAUGCCAUUACUGCAUUGUUAAUUUGAUAGACACAGCGAUUUUAUUUGAUGCUUUCUCUGAGAGUUUCAGCCUAUGUUUCUCUUUAUUUCUCCUUAAGUGCUGAGCUUUUUGUAUUUUUUUAAAGCUGAAAACACAAUUGUCAAAUUAUGAAAUACUUUUAUUAUUUUGUUCCGGUGUUUAAUUUCUUAGACUUGUUGAUAUUAAAUACCCCACCCCUUCUCCUAUUUUUCAGUUAUGUAAUUCACAAAUGUAUAGCAGAAGGUACUUAAGUCAUAUAGCUGCAUGUCUAUUUUCAUGCACACAGUUACAGACUUGAAUGGAUUCAGGUGACUAUUUUAUGAUUCUUGUUCUGUAGUUGAUGGUGCUCACAGAGUGUAAAUAGAAAUAUCUCAACACUAUUUGCAUGUCUAUACUACACAUGUACAUAUAUAUAUAGAGCAGUGCUCCAAAUCUAAUAUUUAAAUUGUGUCUGUCCCAUUUGAAUGUUGUUUUAUUUUCUUUGUGCCUUUUUUUUUAUGCUUCCGUUGUUAACAUUUAAAAACUGUCAGAAAAUGUUCCUAUUUUAGGAAAGAAAUAAUUUAAGUCAUGUCACCAUGCCAUUUUUCCUCUCGGGACUACUCAGGGCUACAAAUAAAGGCAUACAAAAAAUGACGGAGAGCCUAGAUAGAGAAGCAUAAAGCCUUCGCAUAAACUUCGAUAAGACCUAAAUUUUGUGAGUGGGAUAUAAGGCAAAGGGUGCCCCCAUCAGACUUGGCGAGUCAAAGCUUGAAGAGCUGGACAAGUUCAUGUACCUUGGCAGCAUCAUAACAAAUGAUGGAGAUGCUUACCAUGAUGUAGCGUGCCGAAUAGGAAAGGCAGGGAGCAUUUUCCAAAGGCUGCAGCCUAUUUGGACUAGCCAAGCCAUUGGACUCGAGACAAAAAUUCACCUUCUCAACACAGUUGUCAUCCCAACUGCAACAAAUGCAUGUGAGACGAGACAUGGAAGUCAUCUGUCAAAAUUAAGAAAAGGCUAAAUGUGGCUCAACAAAAAUGGCUGAGACGGAUUUUGGGAGUCAGUUACACAGAUCGGAUCUCAAACAAGGAAAUCCUUUGCCGAACUGGGAGUCGAACACUUAGUGAGGUUGUGACAGAGCGUCGCAUGAGGUUUGCAGGACAUGUUCUGCGACAAAAUGAACUACGUAUACCAAGAGUUGCGAUGACAUGGAGGCCAAUAUGAGGUAAGCGCAAACAGGGACGUCCUCAUAUUACUUGGCGCCACACCUUCAUGGAGGUUCUCAGAACAGUGGACACCAGGUGGGAGGAGGCUUCAGACAUUGCCAACGACAGAUCUUUAUGGAGACAGCUUGCUGCCCAAUGCACUGAAAGACGCGGGAGGACCUAAGUCUAAGUAAGAUGUUUUAAAGGAGGUUUGACAAUAAUCUUUACAAGGAUCUUCUCAAGGCUAACCUGUUCAAUUGAUAAGGCUUGUCUUUGAGACUGAAGAUUAAGAAUAUUGCAGCAUUGAACCCAGGAGCUCUUUUUUUUUUCAUUUUGACAUACUCCCCCUUCCUUUUUUUUUUAAUAAGUAGUGGAAGAUUUUCUGUUUUUUUUUUCUUGGUUUAAGUUCUAAUGUACAUUUGACAAAAUGUUUCUAAACAUUAGGAAUGAUGUUAAUGUCUAUGAAUGCAUUCUACUGUUUGCUCUGUGUGCUUGUUUAGUUGUACAUAAGAAAUGAACAUGCUCAGGACACUGCAUCAUUUUGAACAAUAAAAAUAAAGCUGAGCCGAUGUAUAA